AUGUGGAACGCGCUUGUGCGGAUCAUGUCCUACCUCAACGAGACGAAGGACCUCGGGAUCACCUACGUCCGCGGAUCAGGGCUAGACCUAGACGUGUUCGUCGAUUCUAGUUACGCCGACAGCACCGUUGACAGGCGUUCGACGACGGGGCUAGCCGUGACUGUAGGUGGGACCGUAGUGUGCGCAUCCACGAAGACACAGCCAGUGACGGCUCAGUCGACCACGGAGGCAGAGUAUAUUGCAGCCGGGGAGGGCGUGAAGGAAGCGUUGUUCGUGCGUGGUGUUCUGUCGUUCAUUGCGCCCGAGACGAGCGGUGCCACGAUCAGGGUCCGUGAGGACAACGAGGGGGCUCUCGCGUUGGUGCAGAACCCUUUCAGCUCGACCAGGAGCAAGCAUAUCGACGUGCGGUUCCCCUUCAUCCGCGAGCUCGUCAAGGCGGGCAAGAUCACCGCAGAUUAUAUCUCGACAGAAGAGCAGCACGCCGACAUGCUGACCAAGGUCCUUGGUAGGGGCAAGUUGGAGUACCACCGGAAGGCUCUGAUGAACCUGCCGAUGUAG